AGCUGGUAGUGUAGCUCCAGUUUGACUCUUGCUGCCUGAUGGAUAUGAUCAGUCUAAAUCCAGCAGUGUUCAUCUUCAUUCAGCUGAUAUGGCCGGCCUUUGCAGCUUCAGGGACUAUGACACCUGACCACCAGAAUGUAUCGGUGUCAGAGGGAGAUUUAGUCGUGUUCAACUGCAACACAUCUGAGAAACAUACGAUGCUCAUCACCUGGACCAAAGGCAGAUUUCUGUUUUCAUGGGCCGUACAGCUUCAGCAACACUUUUCAAACUUCUCUGACAGAGUUACAAUAGACUCCGUCAACAAGCCAAAGCUAAAAAUUGUUAGUGCUCAACUUGACGAUUCAGGACUUUAUACAUGUGAGAUAUCUGACAACCAAGGCUUCAACACCAUUACAUGGAAUUUAACUGUUUUUAAGAAAGAAACAAGUUUACUUAGUAAUGUCGUAUUCAUCCCGCCACUUGCUGCUGGUUUCCUUCUAUGUUGCUUCACAGCAGUUAUCUGUCUCUGCAGAAAAUAUGGGACCAGAACAGAAAAUCAGAAUCCAUUCCAGGACCAGUUUCAGUCUCAGACAGAAGAGGCGGUAACAUGCAAUUACAAGGUGGUACGAAUCAUCAGAGAAACAAGCAGAGGAGAGAGUACAUGGAGAGGCUGAAUCCAAUCUAUGAUCAUUUCUGAACUGACACACCAUAGAGAAACAUCAACACGGAUCCAUUUUGCAAAGGAAGGCUGGGAAACGUGGGAAAUAACCCCUCUGUCUUCCUGUGAAACGAAUUUUUACCUUGCUGAUAGUAUAUUAAUGUUUCAGUGUUUUUAAUGAGCACAUUUUAUUGGACAUUUUUCCGGUUGUUCUACUUUAUGUUCUCAGUGUUGCAAUUUAAUAAUUAUCUCUGGAUAUCAUAAAUCAUCCCAAACUGACUCUGUAUAGUUUACCUGAGUGGCAAACUAAAAUCUAAAGUUUAGUUUUAAGUUAGUCCAGUAGAGGCCAUGUGCAGAUAUUAGUUACUUUUAAUUUGACCUGCUGCUCUACAGGAGGAUUUACCAAUAUUUCUAGUCUAUAACGAGAUGGCAUACAUAACUGUGUGAGAUUAAAAGAAUAACUUAGUUUCAGUAUUUCAGACAGUCUUUAACAUUUUGUGCCAUCAGUGUCACUUUCAGGAUUUUUGCAGAGAGGAAGGACUUUGAAUGUAAGGUUACAGGUUUGGUUCUAAUAAUGUUGAAUCAUUUGUUAUUGAUACAUGUAGAUGAUUCCUUUGAGAACUCAUCACUGUUUGAGCCACACAAACUGGAUUUAUAAACAGGCUGGUGGAAAAAAAUAAAAUAAAAUAAAACAACUUUUGGUUUUGAAACAUGAUGUUGGGGCAGCAUGUUGCACUACAACAGCUUCCACCUGCUUUUUCAUUGACAACAUGACUGUGGAGCUUCUGUCUGUUUUUCUCUCUUUUGAUAUUUUGAUGGCGGUGAAAAGUGUUGUACUAACAAAGCCUCCUACAAAUAUUCAGUUGGAAGUCCUGGUAACUGUAAAGGUCAUUGCAACUGAUAUUGUUUUCAUGGAUCUACACAGCAAAACAUGCAGUGAUGUUUCACUGUAUGAGAGGUUCCCCUCCAGAAUCUGUACCCAUUUUUUUAGCUAAAUCUUAAACCAAAUAAAUUUCUAAAUAUUGA